AUGACGGUAGACGGCAGCAGGAGGUCGAGCAAGAGGAGAAGGCUGGAGGGAUCAGACAAGACGAGAGAGGAAGGAGAGGAGAGAGGGGACAUCGAAUCAGACAUAGAGAAGAGAGUGAAGAAAAGAGCGAAAGUAUGCGAGCACGGGCGGGUCCGAUCGAGAUGCCAGGAAUGCGGGGGCGGCAGCAUAUGCCAGCACGGGCGGCAGCGAUCGGUAUGCAAGGGAUGCGGGGGCAGGAGCAUAUGCGAGCACGGGCGGGUCCGAUCGGUAUGCAAGGGAUGCGGGGGCGGGAGCAUAUGCGAGCACGGGCGGGUCCGAUCAGGAUGCAAGGGAUGCGGGGGCAGCAGCAUAUGCGAGCAUGGGCGGCGGCGAUCGGGAUGCAAGGAGUGCGGGGGCAGCAGCAUAUGCGAGCACGGGCGCCAGCGAUCGGGAUGCAAGGACUGCGGGGGCAGCAGCAUAUGCGAGCACGGGCGGCAGCGAUCGGUAUGCAAGGUGUGCGGGGGCAGGAGCAUAUGCGAGCACGGGCGGGUCCGAUCGAGAUGCCAGGAAUGCGGGGGCGGCAGCAUAUGCGAGCACGGGCGGGAGCGAUCGAAAUGCAAGGGAUGCGGGGGCAGGAGCAUAUGCGAGCACGGGCGGCGGCGAUCGGUAUGCAAGGAGUGCGGGGGCAGGAGCAUAUGCGAGCACGGGCGGGUCCGAUCGAGAUGCAAGGACUGCGGGGGCAGGAGCAUAUGCGAGCACGGGCGGGAGCGAUCGGUAUGCAAGGAGUGCGGGGGCGGGAGUAUAUGCGAGCACGGGCGGGUCCGAUCGAGAUGCCAGGAAUGCGGGGGCGGCAGCAUAUGCGAGCACGGGCGGCGGCGAUGGGAAUGCAAGGGAUGCGGGGGGGGGAGCAUAUGCGAGCACGGGCGGCCGCGAUCGGUAUGCAAGGAGUGCGGGGGCAGGAGCAUAUGCGAGCACGGGCGGGUCCGAUCGAGAUGCAAGGAGUGCGGGGGGGGCAGCAUAUGCGAGCACGGGCGGGUCCGAUCGGGAUGCAAGGAGUGCGGGGGGGGGAGCAUAUGCAAGCACGGGCGGGAGCGAUCGGGAUGCAAGGGAUGCGGGGGGGGGAGCAUAUGCGAGCACGGGCGGCAGAGAUCGAGAUGCAUGGACUGCAGGGGCAGGUGCAUAUGCGAGCACGGGCGGGAGCGAUCGAAAUGCAAGGAGUGCGGGGGGGGGAGCAUAUGCGAGCACGGGCGGCGGCGUUCGGUAUGCAAGGAGUGCGGGGGCAGGAGCAUAUGCGAGCACGGGCGGCGGCGAUCGGGAUGCAAGGAGUGCGGGGGAGGGAGCAGCAGGUACAGACAGGCGAGGAGCUGA